AUGGUGGGGAGCGCGGUGAACGGCGGAAAGGCGGACAAGGACUGGAGUGGCAUUGUGGGCUUCUUCCACCCGUUCUGCAAUGCAGGAGGCGGCGGCGAGCGCGUCCUCUGGGCCGCCAUCCGCGCAACCCAGAAGCGCUGGCCGGAAGCUGUCUGCGUAGUCUACACGGGCGACCACGACGUCGACAAGGCUGCGAUUCUCAAGCGCGUCAAGGACCGCUUCAACAUCCACCUCCAUCCGCCGACCGUACACUUCCUCUACCUGACCACGCGCCACUAUGUCCUCGCCAGCACCUGGCCGCGCUUCACACUGCUGGGUCAGUCGAUAGGCUCCAUCAUACUCGCAUACGACGCCUUCUCGCUGCUGGUCCCCGACAUCUUCAUCGACACCAUGGGAUAUGCCUUCUCGCUCGCCUUCUCGAGCCUCCUCUUCCCUUCCGUGCCCACCGGCGCAUACGUCCACUACCCCACCAUCUCCACCGACAUGCUCGACUCGCUCAACGAAGGAGGCCAAGGCGUGAACGCAGGAGCAGGACAAGGCUACCGCGGCCUGGCAAAGCGCCAGUACUGGACCCUCUUCGCCGCGCUGUACAGCAAGGUCGGCAGCCUCAUCGACGUUGUUAUGACAAACUCCACCUGGACCCAAACCCACAUCAAAUCCCUCUGGGGCCCGUACCGCCAUCGCAGAAACAAGACCACCGACCACGACAUCGACGUCGUGUUUCCGCCCGUCGCAGUCGAAGAACUCGAAACCGAGGUCACCGUCUCAGACGAAAGCGAAACCCAGCGUGGACCCUACCUGCUCUACAUCGCGCAGUUCCGCCCUGAAAAGAACCACACCCUCAUCCUCCAAGCUUUUGCCCAAUUCGCCAGCUCGAACCCUAAAUUGCCAUCCUACCCCGGGCAGCGCCCGAAGCUGGUGCUUAUAGGCUCCGUGCGCGACUCAGACGACGCGACUCGCGUGUACAAGCUGAGAUUACUAGCGCACGAGCUGGGCGUCAAAGACGACGUCGAGUUCGUCUGCGAUGCGCCCUGGCCGCAAAUGCUGGAGUGGAUGCGCAAAGCCAGCGUCGGCGUAAACUGCAUGUGGAACGAGCACUUUGGCAUUGGCGUCGUCGAGUACCAAGCUGCCGGUCUUAUAUCCGUGGUGAACAACUCGGGAGGCCCGAAGUUGGACAUCGUCGUUCGGGUUGAUGGGAAGCCUACUGGUAAGUUGCUCUGUCCUUUGUUUCUAGGCCGUGAAGAUAUGGGUACUGACGUUGAGGUAGGGUUUCAUGCGUCUACAGCCGAGGAAUAUGCCGAGGGGUUCCGCAAGGCGCUCUCGUUGAGUAGAGAGGAGACGCUGGCGAUGCGAAAGCGCGCGAGGAAGUCUGCGGAAAGGUUCACGGAUCGCGGGUUCGCAGAGAAGUGGUUGGGAAAUAUGGAUCGGUUGGUGAGGCUGCAGGUUGCAAGGAAGGAUAGGUAG